AGCAGCACACCUGGGCCACCGAGGAGCGGCAGCAGGUAGAAAGGUGAGGAAGCGCGUCCACCGCUCCACGUGAAGAAGAAGAACGGGAGGAGGAAGAGGAGGAAGAAGACUGGUUGUGUUUGUGGAGCCUCUCCGACUCUGAAACCUUUUCUCGUGAGUGUGAGACGGCCUUGGCAGCGCAGCAUGGGCGAGGCACCGGCCAGAGAAGGUGGGACAGUCACGAGAUCAGCAGAGUACGUGGGCUCAUUUCUUGUGGAUGACCGCUGCCUGGACGACCAGAUUGAGCAACUGCACGCUCAGCUGAAGUCCCUCAAAACGUGCAAAAGACGGAGGCCCGUGUCCCUAAAAUUCUCCAUCAAAGGUGUGAAAAUGUACAACGAGGAUGAAACGACGCUCCUAAUGGCUCACGCUCUGCGUCGGGUCUCUCUGUCCACCGCCCGGCCCACCGACGCCCAGUUUGCCUUCGUCUCCCACAACCCGGGCAGCACCGACGCCCAGCUGUACUGCCACGUGUUUCAAGCCCGGCACUCCAGAGCGGCGCAGUUCCUGAACCUGCUGCUCUGCCGCUGUUUCCAGCUGUGUUACUUGGAGAAGCACCCAGAGGAGGCCCAGGAAGACUCCGUGGGCUCGAUGCCUCGCCGCAACCCCUCCCUGCUCAACCACGGCUUCCCUCUCAGCGUCAGCGCCCUGGUCUCCUUCAGAAGGGCCCCCUUCCAGGGGUUGCUGCCGGGGACUAAGAAGGAUCAAAAGUCCUUCGAUGACCUGCAGAGCAGCCAAGACGAAGUCUUCCCCACCUCCUCCCCCUCGCUGGUGCGAAAGAAAGCCAUCCGCACCAAAGCGCUGCGCUCCGGGGCGUACCGCUCCUUCACGUUCACGCCGCUCAAGCAGCGCGGCGUUCAGGAGCGACUGAGUGCGUCACAAGGAGAGGGCAAAGACGAAGCCCCGGCGAGGAAGUCCCGCCCGCCGAGCUUGGGCGAAACCGAAGAAGCUCUGGCUCAGGCGGUGUGGCGUUGGGCUGGCAUCGCAACUGACGCCAGCUGUUCCCUGCUUGCGGACGAUGUUCUGGGGUCGUACCUCCUGUGCCCUCAUCCUAAAAAACCCAAAUGUGGCUCUCUCAUCAUCCGCUUCCCCACUGGCCUGAUCACCCACCUCAUCGAAAACACAAGCGCGGGGAAAUUGCUGCUUGAGACGCACAAGACUGAAUUCGGUUCCAUAGCCGAGCUGAUCGAACACUACACGGAGACUUGCGGUGAGCUGGCGUGCGCGCUGAGCUGUGCGCGAGUGAACCACUGCUACGAGUGGGAGGAACACGGCGACAAAGCCGAGGUCAAAAGCUCCCGCGGAAAGCACUGGUUCUGAACCCUGGACACUGGGACUUGUGGAUUGCCAACCUCAGAAUGAGUGACACCACCUUUUCUUUUUUUUUUUUAUUAUUAUUAUUGAUUUUUGCACAUGUAUCAUCUCUUAUCUUUAAAAAA